GAAGCGACUACAAAACACGUGCUAUUUUAACUGAAUUCGCGCUAGUCAAACGGUUUUCUGUGAAGAAGUUUACGUUUCCUGAAUAAGUUUAUUGUUAAUUUGAAGAAAGAAAAGUGUCACAAUGCCUGAAGAAAUGCAAGCGCAGUCGGGAGAGGUGGAGACCUUCGCCUUCCAGGCGGAGAUCGCCCAGCUCAUGUCCCUCAUCAUCAACACAUUCUACUCGAACAAAGAGAUCUUCCUCCGUGAGUUGAUCUCCAACUCGUCGGACGCGCUCGACAAGAUCCGCUACGAGUCGCUCACCGACCCCUCCAAGCUCGACAGCGGUAAGGAACUCUACAUCAAGAUCAUCCCGAACAAAGCCGAGGGCACGCUCACCAUCAUCGACACCGGUAUCGGCAUGACCAAGGCCGACCUCGUCAACAACCUGGGAACCAUCGCCAAGUCGGGCACCAAGGCCUUCAUGGAGGCGCUACAGGCCGGCGCCGACAUCAGCAUGAUCGGGCAGUUCGGAGUGGGUUUCUACUCGUGCUACCUCGUGGCGGACCGCGUGACCGUGACCUCCAAGCACAACGACGACGAGCAGUACAUGUGGGAAUCCGCCGCCGGGGGCUCCUUCACCAUCCGCUCCGACGCCAGCGAGCCGCUCGGCCGCGGCACCAAGAUCGUGCUGCACAUCAAGGAGGACCUGACCGAGUACCUCGAGGAGCACAAGAUCAAGGAGAUCGUGAAGAAGCACUCGCAGUUCAUCGGCUACCCCAUCAAGCUGAUGGUGGAGAAGGAGCGCGAGAAGGAGCUGUCUGACGACGAAGCCGAGGAGGAGAAGAAGGAGGAGGGCGAGGACGACAAGCCCAAGAUCGAGGACGUCGGCGAGGACGAGGACGAGGACGCUAAGGACAAGAAGAAGAAGAAGAAGACGAUCAAGGAGAAGUACACGGAGGACGAGGAGCUUAACAAGACCAAGCCCAUCUGGACGCGCAACGCUGACGACAUUACCCAAGAGGAGUACGGUGACUUCUACAAGUCGCUGACCAACGACUGGGAGGACCACCUGGCCGUCAAGCACUUCUCCGUGGAGGGGCAGCUGGAGUUCCGCGCGCUGCUGUUCGUGCCGCGCCGCGCGCCCUUCGACCUGUUCGAGAACAAGAAGCGCAAGAACAACAUCAAGCUGUACGUCCGCAGAGUCUUCAUCAUGGAUAACUGCGAGGACCUCAUCCCCGAGUACCUCAACUUCAUCAAGGGAGUCGUCGACAGCGAGGACCUGCCCCUCAACAUCUCCCGAGAGAUGCUGCAGCAGAACAAGAUCCUGAAGGUGAUCCGCAAGAACUUGGUCAAGAAGUGUCUCGAGCUGUUCGAGGAGCUGGCUGAGGAUAAGGAGAACUACAAGAAGUACUAUGAGCAGUUCAGCAAGAACCUGAAGCUGGGUAUCCACGAGGACUCUCAGAACAGGAACAAGCUGGCUGACCUGCUGCGCUUCCACACAUCCGCCUCUGGGGACGAGGCCUGCUCCUUCAAGGAGUAUGUCUCCCGCAUGAAGGAGAACCAGAAGCACAUCUACUACAUCACCGGAGAGAACAGAGACCAGGUGUCCAACUCCUCGUUCGUUGAGAGGGUCAAGAAGCGUGGCUACGAAGUAGUCUACAUGACUGAGCCCAUCGAUGAGUACGUAGUACAACAGAUGAGGGAGUACGACGGCAAGACCCUGGUGUCCGUCACCAAGGAGGGCCUCGAACUGCCCGAGGACGAGGAGGAGAAGAAGAAGCGCGAGGAGGACAAGGUCAAGUUCGAGAACCUCUGCAAGGUCAUGAAGAACAUCCUGGACAACAAGGUCGAGAAGGUCGUGGUCAGCAACAGGCUGGUGGAGUCUCCGUGCUGCAUUGUCACUGCCCAGUACGGUUGGUCCGCCAACAUGGAGCGCAUCAUGAAGGCGCAGGCGCUCCGAGACACCUCCACCAUGGGCUACAUGGCCGCCAAGAAGCACCUCGAGAUCAACCCCGACCACUCAAUCGUCGAGACUCUGCGGCAGAAGGCUGAGGUUGACAAGAACGACAAGGCUGUCAAGGACCUGGUCAUCCUGCUGUAUGAGACCGCUCUGCUGUCGUCCGGCUUCUCCCUGGACGAGCCCCAGGUGCACGCCUCCAGGAUCUACCGCAUGAUCAAGCUGGGUCUGGGCAUCGACGAGGACGAGCCCAUCCAAGUGGAGGAGGCCAGCGCUGGGGACGUCCCGCCCCUGGAGGGAGACGGAGAUGAUGCAUCCCGCAUGGAGGAAGUCGACUAAACUCUAGUUCCGCCUAUUAAUCUAGAUCUUUCUCUAGCCAUGUUGUAAUGGUGUCAUUGUGAUGUCUGAUGAGGAUGGAAUG